GCCUACGUCUCUGUGGAGGGGCUGCUAGGGACUGGGUCCUUGGGCGCAGUGCUUCUCUGCAAGGACCGCACCGGAGAACAUGUGGCCGUGAAAGCAAUUUCGUUGAAGAAGGCACAUGCUGCUGGCACAGAAGAAAACAGACUCUGGCGGGAAGUGCAGGUCAUGAAAGAGGUGCAGCACCCAAAUCUUCCUCGCCUCAUAGAUGUGGUGGCCAACUGGGAGAAGCUUCUGCCAGACGCGGCUGCACCUCCUCACCUUUGUUUGAUUAUGGAGUUUGUGCAGAAGUCGGAGCCGCUCUCUGCUGCCCUGCGCCAGGGACCGAUGCCACAUAGAGCAGCGCUGAUCGUGGCACAGCUGGCAUCUGCGCUGUGCAAGCUGCACCGAGCUAGCAUCGUUCACAGGGACGUAGGGUGCGAGAACGUGCUCAUCGGCGAGCGCGAGAAAGUAGUGCUGAUCAAUUUUGGCUGCGCUGAGUACCUGAACAGCAG